AUGUACACCGAGGAUGAACUAUCUAGUUCCAUCCCCGAGUUCACCAAAAAAUUCGGCGAGGUGCCGUUGCUGGGGCAAAAGUUGCAGCCGGGGAUGAAACCACUCUCCCUCACCGAGCUCGGCCUCAUUUCUUCAUUGUAUCACAAUAUCAAGGAUAGCCAGUUGGACGCACAUCUAUUCCCAUAUGCAGGGCCCCUUUCAUUUGCUAUCGACACCACGGCCGUCCCGGAAAUCUCGAUCCCCGCUCCCUACAGAUGGUUCCUCCUCGACACCAACGGCGUCAACCGCACUUUUCCGCUGGCCAAUCGCCAAAAAUACCUGGAAAAUCUGUUUAAGGCGGCGAAUCGUGCCCACAAAAUCCAUUUCCAGACCCUGGACCACAUUCAAAAGUACUUCCCGGCUAUGACCGGCCAGGAGAAGCGUACGACAGGAUACGUCGCGGACAUGACGGCAUUUUACGAUAAGCUCUGGGAGUUCUACGCCGGCUACAACGAUACCGAUUUGACAAAGACGAAUAUCACGCUGGGUGAACUUCAGGAAUUGGUUCCGGAAAUUGACUGGCUAAAAUUCCUGUCCAACUACACGGUAGGGGAACAAAGGAAAAGCCUAAGCAUGAAGACCAAAGUAUUGUUGCGCGGCGAGAAGGGGAUGUACGCAAAGUAUUCCACUCUACUACGCGACACAACGACAAUGCAAAACGCGGCAUUCUUCAGCUGGUACGCCUACGUGAUGAACGACCGUCAGCUCACGCGCGCGCCGUUUUGUCUCGUGCUGUGGCAUGAAAUGUUCAACAAACUGUCCGAGCACUAUGUGGCCAAAUACCUCUAUGCCGAUGUGGACCUUGGCAAUGUGGAGACCCUGACUGAAAGUAUCCGGGCAGCCUUCGUCGACGUGCUCGCCGAUAACAAGUGGCUGGCCCCGGAAAACAAGAGAUUUCUGAUCGAAAAGAUAAAAAACACGCCCGCCUACCUUGGCUACAACAAGAAUGCGCUCGACCUGAAGGUGGCCGACGAGUUGGCCGAGUUUAUUACCGUUCCCGAUGACCUUUCGCCGAUCGAACAAGCGAUGGUGCAAACUCGGGCGAAAUGGGUGCGACAUAAUUAUCGCCAGAAAUGCAUCGUCGACCAAUUUGGGAACGUCACCCACUCGAACGUAUACCUCAACAUCUCCGUCACGGGUGACGGCUGGAAUCAGAAAGAGGAAGCUGCAGCUGAUCAUCAGGGAACGCUCGUGGCAUUUCGGGCUUAUCGUAAACAGCGCAAGCGGCUCUUCGGCAGUAAUCCGCCAAAGUUGCCCGGUCUCCAGAAGUACACCAACGAUCAGCUCUUCUUCCUCGCCCAUGCUCAGAACUGGUGCGGGCAACUCGACGAGCUGAAGACGCCUGCGUAUGCAAAUAUCUUCAAGAAACGCCAUCCACCCUACUCGGUGCGCGUCAACGAGGAUAUGAAGAACCUGGAGCCAUUUGCGACGGCGUUCAAGUGUCCGCUGAACUCACCGAUGAACCCGGAGAAGAAGUGUCGGGUUUGGCGCCGCAUCAAAAAGCGC